AAUUCAACAUACGUGAUCUUUGAAUUAACUUUAAUAAAGAAUCACGAAAGAAGUUUGCGUCUUCGAAAAUUUUUCGCGCUUAGGACCGGCGAAUGAGCACGGAAUCUUGUUUGCUGUCCGACACCUGCAUGGAUUCAUGAGAGUCACACAGUCACCAGCCAAGGAUGUCGGAUAGUUCAGAUCAGCUGUCAUCACCGAACAGCGACUGUAAUAGUCAAAUGGGCGUCGUGCAUCGCAAUGCAACCGCGCAAUACAGCAACACAUCGUCAAUGUCCGGUCUCGGACUGACUCAUCAUCCCCAAAAUUUGACGCCGACAUCGAAUGGCAGUCCUCAGUAUUCGCAGGAGAUUUCCACCUGCAACUCUGCCAGCGUAAACACCAACAUCGGUAAUAUCAGCAGUCUCCCCCUUAGCAGCAGUAAUUUCACACCUGAACAGAUAUCUUGCAUGUGCGAGGCACUGUCGCAAAGCCAAGACAUUGAGAAACUAUCCAGCUUUCUUUGGACCUUACCGCCUGGAGAACUGUUGCGCGGAGGCGAGAGUGUCCUAAUGGCGCGUGCCGCUGUUGCCUUUCACCGCGGAGCCUAUCACGAGCUUUACUCAAUCCUGGAGAGCCACCCUUUCUCGCCACGUCGACAUCCCGAACUUCAACAGAUGUGGUUUAAGUCGCAUUAUCGCGAAGCUGAGAAAAUCCGCGGUCGACCAUUGGGCGCCGUGGACAAGUAUCGUAUGAGGAACCGAUAUCCUACGCCGGACGAAAAGAAGAAUCUCGCGAAGAAAACUGGCUUGACGCUGACUCAGGUGUCCAAUUGGUUCAAGAAUCGUCGACAGCGUGAUCGUACGCCACAAACAAGAACGGAUAUGCUACCACUAAAUUGUCAAGGCACGACUAACAGUACAAUUAGCAGCUCAGUGAGUAACGGCGGUAGCAUCCAAUCUUUGCAGAGUAUCGAUUCCGAUAGUCCGAGUCUCGCAAUGUCACCUCUAUCAACUAUGGGCAUGUCACCAGUCACUAUGAAUCCAUGCAGCCCAAUGGGCAUGAGUCCCAUGGGUCCUCAUCAUGGCUAUGCCACUCCUGUUACUCCGUCGUCCGUUCAUACCUCACAUUCCCAUAAUGGCGGAUUAAGUCCUAUGAACGACGUUAAGGCUUUGUAUGGACGCAGUGUGUACGACACAGGUAAAGACGUGGAGCAGAGCUCAGUUUAUUACUCCAGCCAUUCCAGUAUGCACCACCAGUAUUACCAGCAGACUCAUCAUCAGAUGAUGUCUAGCUCCCAUCAUCAUCACCAUCAUCAGCAGAGCGUACCGGCCGGCUACGAGAUUAUGCUGCCGCCGCCUUCCAUGUGACUAACGGAUUAUGAGGACGACCGAAGUAACCAAAGUCUUCACGGUAACGACGACAUGGUGACUCGUAUACACGCCUUCGCCUGAUCUUUCCGCUUCUUCUCUCGUCUCGAUUCCGAUCGCACACAAUAAAGAACGGCAUAUGGAUAUUGAUGAAAUUGUUGUUUUACAAAACAGGUGGUACAAUCGUUUCUAAUUUCUUACCUCCGAAAAGUGUUUAUUUAAAAAGAUAGCGAAGGUUGUUUCUACACGUUUUAUGUGAA